AUGGUGGAUUGGGAGGUUGAGAAGUGGCUGCAAAUUAUCUCUCUGUUGAAUAGCUCUUCAUUGUCACUAUUAGAGGAAGAUUGUUGGAUUUUGUUGAGAAAUGGAGAGGGCUAUUUUACUGCAAAAUCAUGCAUGGAAAUUUAUUUUGAUAGAGAGGGUAAUGAUGAUUUAGAAGGUAAUUGGGAAAGGUAUGUUUGGAAAGGAGUAGCUCCACCACGAGUGGAAUCUUUUGUUUGGCAACUUGCUCAUCAUAGAGUUGCGGUGAAAGAGGAACUGCUGAAGAGAGGAGUUACAGGGGUUGAAGACAAUGUCUGCCCAUUGUGCAAGAAGUGCAAUGAGUCGAUCUCACAUUUGUUUCUGCAUUGUGAUGUGGUAUGGGAUUUGUGGGCUAAAUUUUUAAAGUUAUGGAAUGUUUUCUUUGUGAUUCCUGGUAAGUUGAUGGAUUUCUUAAUUGCAUGGGAUGACCUAGUUCCGAGAUCUCACAUAUGGAAGUUUAUUCCAAGAGCAAUGUUGUGGUCUGUUUGGAAAUGUAGGAAUGAGGUGAUUUUUCAGAAUGGGAAGGUAGAUUUUGCGUUGUUCUUCAUUACACGAUUCAGAAUUGUUUCUUGGUGGAGUUCUCCGGAAGGGUUCUUAAAAGUUAACGUAGAUGGUGCAAUGGUCAAAGGUUGGGAUAAGGGUGGAAUAGGUGUCUUGAUUAGGGAUGGCAGUGGUUCGGUGCUUGGGACGUUUUCAGAGAAGGUAGGGGGAGGUCCUCCUUUACUCGCAGAGCUAUUGGCGAUCAAUAGAGGGUUGAUUCUUAUUGAUGAAGUUGAGUACUUUCCAAGUCAGAAGUUCAUUUUGGAAUUGGAUUCUUCUAAUGCUCUGAAGUGGAUUAAUAAUCCGAACCUUAGUACUACUUUGUUUCAAUCCUUGAUUGUUCUUCAGGUUCCUUAA